UGCAUCAAAAUCCAAUUUAAGCGUUCGCCCAGGGCGGUGGUCCAUGCGGAUUUGGACAUUCGGGGGAGCCACGUUAAGCUGUUGUUCUCGGCGUUCGCAGACCAGUUGUUGUGGAGGGGGUGAGGUGAUACUUUGUUAGCGGCUUAGCCGCCCGAUCUUCACCAUGGGGAAGAUAACGAAGGUCAUUCAGCCGAAACACAAGGAGACCUUAACUCCAUGGCUCCAAGACUUCGUCGAAUCGGCGACGUCUAAGCCGUUACCUCUCCUACCCCAGGUUCUCGCGACAUUUCCUUCCCGAUGGCCUUUCCCUCGCGGAGACCUUUAUCACUGGAUACCUCUACUCAACCGAUUUGAUGAGUUGUUGGAAUUAUUCAAUACCACAUACAAACUAAACGAGGGCUCCCAGAGCCGUGAAUUCGGGUGUGAAGUGCUUUUGAAGAGCAGUACAGAGCUAGGAGAAGAUGAGCGAAGACGGAAUCUCGUUGAGCUCGGCUACCAAGAAGAUGGAGAUGUCUACCUUAUUGAAUCCAUCCUUAAGUUCACCCAAAUGCUUCUGGAUCAUUGUGGCAAUCGCAGCAUAUAUGCUAGCAGUGCCCAUCUCAAUGAUCUUCUGAACUCCACAGAUUACAGAAUUUUAAUCGCUGUUCUUCGAGUUGGCGUUGAACUCGCCCAGCGUUAUCAGGCUUCUGUUAAACGCAUACAUGGAAUGGCCACCCGACAGGUUCACAGUGCUCUUUUAUCGAAUCACUACAACAUAGAUCUUGACCGUGUGCAGCAAAUAGCUCAACCGUUUGUCAAAACACCCAUUGUGAGGCCUUCUGAAUCUGGUACCGCAUCCACUCCGAGCAGCGCCAGCAAGAGUAAAGAAAAAUCCUUGGGAGGAAGCUCCAAGAAUGUGGCCACGAUGUUUGCAAAUGACCUGUGUGCUAUUGUAAAGCCAGAGCCAAACGAGACACAAGAAGUGCGCGCACGUUGGAAUGGCUGGGCCGAUGUGAAACUGACUUACUAUCCGUCUCUUGGUACGGUUUCGCAAGAACAAGCACAGCCAUCCGUAGCAGACCGCGGCAUACCAAGUACCCCCUCAACUCCUACACCUCUACGGCGUAGUAAUUCUGCAAACACCUCCCAUGUUACCCCUCGCACAAACCGACAAGGUUUCGAGGACACUCCAGGCUCAGUGUCACGGUCUCCUGCUAUGAGCCGUGACGACAGCAUAUCCCCUGGCCAGAAAGUCUUGGAAGUACCUCAAUCUGCAGUUAUCUCUUCCUCUCUCUAUCAUGUAUUGGGAAAACUACCCAAAGACCUGCCCAAGGAAACUAGAUACGAAUUUUUGAAUCGUCUUCGGGUGGCUAAAGCCUUGACGGGGUCUACAGAGUCUCGCCAGCAGGCUUUGAAAGCACGGUUACUGGCUAUUCAAAAUCUAGCAUAUAUCCAUGUUGAGUCUGUCUUCAUUGAAAAGGUUCUACGGCACGAUAGUGACGAGCCGCGACGGUUUCAAUUAAUUUACCAACUCGCUGAGCUAAUCCGUCCCAGUGCAGAUGGUUCACCACAGGUGCCUUUAGAUCUUCAGUCCAUUGCGCUUUCUCUGCUCGAGGCAAUCUCAUCAUUCCAGGUUAAGAUGCCCGACAUCUUUUCCGCAUUAAAUGCGACAGUUAAUCAUGGCGUGCUUCUCUAUGUCAUUAAGAAGGCUGUUGCUGAGAUGAAGGAAGAUGACGUGGGUGAGCAAUGGACUCUGGAAGACGAAUGGCGGGACAAUCUUUUCUCACUCACGCUCCAUAUCACUAUGGCCAUGGCUGCGAUGAGGAGCACGCCAGAGAUUAUCUCAGCCGGCUUAUUGGAUAUCCUAGUUGAAAUACUAAACCUUAGAUCGAGCAUUGCCGAGCGGACUCAUGGCACGCUUGUUGGAUUCUUGGACAGCCUCGUAUACAAUGUUGUGUCUUCGUUUCAGUCCCUGGCUGCCGCUGACGGCCUGGAAGCGAUCACCAAUUUGAUUACACAUGAGGUAAACCUUGCGAAGCAGUUAGCCGCUAGUGGGAAAGGCACACCCUCUAGUCACCGCUCACAGGUUGUAGACUAUGAGAUCCCUUUCUAUCAGCAGCAAAAUCUCAAAUUUCUCUUGAAGUUCAUUCAUCAUGUGAUGACGAACGCAUUUGCUGUUGGUGGAAAUACUGAUCGACUGCUGCGGAAUCUUGUGGACAAGUCUGAACUCCUUCAUAGUAUCCGCGACAUCAUUGAGAAUGUGGCACAGUUUGGAUCGUUAGUUUGGACCAAUGCCGUGACUAUUCUGGGCGAUUUCCUGAAUAACGACCCGACAAGCUUCUCUGCUGUGCUUGAAGCUGGGCUUAUUAAUAGCUACCUUUUCGCUUUAACUGGCCGUCACGUUACUACUCCCCAGAGCGAAGAAGGAGGCACUCCGGCACCUAGCAAUGCAAACGAAAAUGACGAUGAAUCUUCGAGGAGUUCCUCUGUCUCAGAUACCCUUGAACCUGAUACUAGACCACAUCCUCCUCCUCAAAAUGUCCUCGAACGAUCUCGAGAUCAUCCAUUGGCUGGUGGUAUUGUGGCUUCUGCAGAGCCCAUUUCAACAGUACCUGUUGUCCUGAACGCCAUUUGCCUUAAUAACGUGGGAAUGAAGAUGGUUGUGUCUUCUGGCACAUUUGAAAGCUUCUUUGAGAUUUUUGAAACUCCAGACCACGUGCGAGCAAUGGCCGCAGAGGAAACUCUUGCCCAGUCCGUCGGUAGUAGUUUUGAUGAGCUUGCUCGCCACCACCCAUCUCUGCGGCCUGCGAUUUCUAAUGCAGUUUUGGACAUGAUUGCCAGGGUUACACACCUUGCUCGGAUGAAAGCCCGUGAUUCCGCUUGGGGGGCCAAGCUUGUGGUUAGAGAUUCUGAGCAACGAGAACUGGUUGCUGAUGAUUCUCUUCUUGGGUUUGCCCCUGACGUACCCGAGAAAUCGAAAGCCAACAAUGCGACUAAUGACUCGGGGCCUCACAUUAUGGAUAUUGAUGUUCAAGGUCACGAAGACGCAGAAAAGCCAUCUGAUCCAUUAUCAGUUCAUACAUCGAUUUGCCCAUAUAUUGAUGCCGUCGCUGGUUUCCUGACUCAUUACAUCAGUAACCAGAGCCUUAAGACGAGCCUAAUCACAAACGGCGGGAUUGAACUACUUCUAGACCUUUAUACAUCUCCGAGCUUACCUUAUACUUGUAGAGGGACUUUUAUAACGGCUCGAGGUCUCCAGAGCGUCUUGUCAUCUUUGAUGGAAGCCUCCCCAAUAAUAGGUCUUCCCUCCUUACUCAAGCGUACGCAAGAUGCAAUUGAUGUGCUUAAUGUCGUCGUCAAGUCAGAAGAUUCGGCAUCUUACUUCAAACCCUUUCUCACGCAAGAGGCGACAUUGACUGCAAAUACAACCCAUGAUCUAGCCAAGCAUCUAGCGACAGGGACAUCUGUUGUCAAAUCCUUGCUUAAUGCUCAACUACUGAUGAGGGUACUCUACCAUUCUUUCCCUUUCUCUUCGAGAAGCCAAACGCUCACACUUCAUGGAAUAAACGUCUUUGACUAUCAUAGUCGACUUCUCAAGUCUUUAGGCCCUCUUGUCCGUGCCGUGGUUCUUGAGGAAAUAGCUAUGUCAGAUAUUGUCCCACAACAGUGGUAUGGCAAGAACAACGAGAACCAGGGCCACCAAGCUGCCAUCAAUGUGCCUAAAACUGAUGAUCAACAAGGCUUCAACUUUGAAGAUGUGACUUUCUCUGGUACCCCUUCAUCUACCGCCGUCUGGCAAUGGGCCACGGGCAAUCGAGUAGACCGACCUCGGGAAUCUCCGAAACCCCCUCAGUCAAAUCUACAAUAUCGUAACUACCAAACCAUUAAAGGCUUGUUUGAAGCUCUGAUACCCACUGCUUUCUCACUUCUGCAAGCCUACGGAAAAUCGUUACUGGGGAGGCGGGAACGUGAUAUGUACGUUCGAUCACAUCAUGCGCAGCUUGCGGAAGAUAUCAGCCUUACUGUCCUUCAACAGCUACAAGUGUUUGAGCGUGAAGGCACGGCUCGAGAUUUACAAUAUUGGUAUAUCAUGCUCCAUGCUGCUCACGAGGUGCUGGUAAACCCCACUGCAGAAGGCCGAUCUGAACGAGGCAUACAUGCUCAAAAUAUUAUUCCGGUAUUGUUGGCUUUUAAGAAGCACAACGGUCUGAAACAGCUUAAUGCGAUGCUACACAAAUUCAAGGACGAAGUGUGUAACCCGUAUGAGGGCGAGGAUGGGAUGGCUAGAUCAAGACUUGCCUCUCUUGGCCUAAAGAAGAUAUUAGAUAUCUACGCCAUGCUUGUCAAUGGGAAGCUCAUCACAGAAGCAGUUGCAAAUGUGAACGUUCUGUCACAGCGAGCAACUAGUAGUGAACGCAGACCAGAUAUGUCGAUUGCACCGAAUCUAGUCGUUGAAUUCAGAGCCACGAUUCUACCUGUCAUUCAAGAAUUGUGGGAAUCGCCGCUUAUUGAGAAAGGUUCAAGGACUAUUGUUGCUAAGACUAUCGAAAUCCUGAAAGCUAUAUCUUCAGCAGAUGCGGAGAAUGGCGCUUAUAAGCGCUCUGACAAGAACAUGCCACCUACGUACCUUGAACCCAACAAUGUCAAGUUCCCUUGGUCAACGCAUAUGGCAGAUGUGAAUUACCUUUGUGAGGGGGGAACCUUCAGCAAAGAUCUUGCGCUAGAGGCAACGUAUCGCAGCUUUGGCAACCGUCAGCUGGCCACAGAAUAUUGUUCCGCGCAUGAGAAAGAAAUUGCUGGCACUGGCAAUCCCAUCCCCUCCUACGAUGCACCAAGCGACUCAGAAAAUCGUUCUCCGGCUGAACGCACUGCGCAGACCGAGGAAGAAGCUAUGGUCUUAGAUUCACCUGCAGACGUUUCGUCAGGCAUCCUUGAUGAGGCACUUAUCGGAGGAGACGUUGAUGAAAUUCGGAAUGCCGCUGCAUUGUCAAGUGGUGCUGGCCGAGAGACUCCACUUCCUUCGGCAGCGAAACCAGAAUCUAACGGACAAUCAACGUCAGCAAGCACCCCACAAAACUCUGCAGCAAAGAGCAAAACGGAUGCUGAAAAUGACACGCGGUCGUCAUAUGUGGCCAAAGAGGAUCUGGAUCAAGAACGAGUCAAGCUCCGCUCUAACUUGAUUGAUAGAUGUUUAGAUGUCAUAGGCGCUCACCCAGGAACCACUUAUGAGGUAUCUGAGUUAAUCUCGUCUGUUGUCUUCCGGUCACCAGGUGACGAUACGUCUGCUAAGCAAGAGAUCGGGGAAACUCUCGUCAAUGCAUUGAUGUCUUUUGCGAUGGAUGACGACUUGCAAGCUAAAGGACGUAGCAUUGCUGCUUAUGCUCAUCUCUUGUCUCUACUUCUCCAAGACAAGCCUUUUCUAAAAGCCAACGUCAAUAUCUUGAAGGAAAAUGUGGGGGAUAUCUUGCGUUUUCUUCAUGUUUCUGGAUCUUCGUCUACUGAAGAGUUGUCACCUUGGAUUCCGUACGUGCUUCUCAUCUUUGAGAUUCUACUCAGCGAUGAUGAGCAAAUUGGUGACAUUCAUUGGAAAGCUCCCGAUGGGGAGAAUGACCCCAUACAGCCAUUGGAGUGGGUCCCAAAGGAUCUUAAUGUCAAAGAAGAUGAUCGUCGUACGCUUCUCAGCUCAAUUCUCGAAAUCCUCCCGCGCAUCGGCAGAGAAGAGUCUCUUGCAGUUUCGGUCCUAAGGAUUCUAGUGAUUCUCACUAGGGAUCGUGCUGUCGCCCGGCAAGUCGGUGAUAAAAAGAACCUGCAGCGCCUAUUUGUUACUGCAAAGCAGCUUUCUGGAGCCGGGGCCCUUCGUCUUGGUGAUACACGGAUUUCAUCAUACAUAUUAACUAUUCUACGCCAUGUGGUCGAGGAUGAAGAAGUCAUCAAACAAAUCAUGCGAAGUGAGAUACGUACUCAUCUAGAUGGAGCACGCAAUCCUCGACCCUUGGAACCAAUCGGCUUCCUCAGACACUUCUCUCACCUUGUUCUCCGCGACCCAAAAUUGUUUGUCGAGGUUUGUAGCGAGUUGGUGAAAUUGAACCGAUGGACCUCUCGCGAUAAUAGUGCUGCACGGCAUCAAGUGGUUCUCUUGAAGGACCCACAAGCGGAAGUUACAAAGGAUGAGGUUGGCCCGACUGUCCGAGCCACCGAAGAUUUGUCUAUUCAGGACAUCAAGCCCUCUACAGAAGGCGAGGAUAAGCAGAUGGAAGAUGUCUCCAAAACCACCGCGCAGGAUAUGAAACGCCCAGUCGUGGAAACUCCAGACGGGGUGAUACAUUUCCUUCUAUGUGAGCUAUUGAACUACAAGGAGGUCGAUGACAAAGAUGUCUCCCAGCUUGGUAAGGAUAGUGGGCAAACUAGUGAACAGAGUUCUUCUCUGGAUGCGGCUAAUGACAGCGAGUCCCGCACUGUUGAUGGGAAAGACAAGAAAGGAAAAUCUUCGUUCAAGGCAGACGAACACCCAAUCUUCAUAUAUCGCUGCUUCCUUCUUCACUGUCUUUCUGAGCUUCUCCGAAGCUACAAUCGUACAAAGAUCGAGUUUAUCAACUUCAAGAGAAACGCGCCACUUUUCGCUAAUACACCCGUUAAGCCUCGGUCUAGUGUACUAAACUACCUCCUUACCGACCUUCUAUAUCCAAGUACAGAUGGUCACUUGGAUACCAUCGUUAACAAGAAGCGACACGCUACAGGGAUUCAAACACAGAACCUACUGGUUGCCCUUGUCACCAGGACUGGGGAAAAGCCUGUGGACCGUAGUCGAGACAAGUACGACUAUGAAGACGAGCCAGACUUGCUUUUCGUACGUAGGUUUGUCUUAGAUACUAUUUUGAAGUCCUAUAAGGAUGCAACUACGUCCACCGAGCCUUUUGACUCCAGAUAUGCCAGGAUGCUUUGCCUAGGAGAGGUUAUGCACCUUAUGAUGGGUGAGAAAGACAAAGAUUCGACUUCAUCGCGAAGUAAUCCCGAUACCCAUGAUCGAUCUCAUGCACAACUACGCCGAUUGAUGUAUGAAAAGGGAUAUCUUGCUGCUCUGACAACCUCUAUUGCCGAUAUCGACCUUGCAUUUCCACCCGUGAAGAAAACAAUAAAAUACAUACUCCGCGUGUUGCGAGUACUAACAAGCACUGCUAUUCACCUCAGUCAUUCCAAUAUUAUAUCCUCUGUUCCGGCACAGGGCAAUGUUGAAGACGAACUCAUCUCCACAAGCUCUCUCUCAGAUAUCGAAGAUGAUAGGGAAGAGACCCCAGAUCUCUAUCGCAAUUCCGCUCUUGGUAUGCACGAGCCUCUUAGAGAUAUGAACAAUGAUUACUCAGAGGACUCUGAAGAUGAUGAUGAUGAGGAGAUGUAUGAUGACGAGUAUGAUGAUGAUAUGGCAUAUGAGUCCGAGGAUCGCGAAGAAGAUGUUAGUGACAGAGAAGAAGAAGACCUUGAAGGUAUGGGACCCAUUGAAGGUCUACCAGGAGAGCCUAAUGUUAUCGAGGUUACCAUGGAAGAUGACGAUGAUGAUGUUGACGAGAUGGAUGAGGAUGACGAAGAAGAGGAUGAAAGCGAUGAAGAGGAAGACUCUGAUGAGAUGGAUGAUGUUGGAGGUCACAUCGAGAUCGUCGAUGACGAAGGCAAUCCACUUGAUGAUGAUGGUGCUUCAGAUUGGGAAAGCGACCCGGAGGGCGGAGCCGACGAAGAAGCAGGAAUCGAGUUUGAUCCAGAAGGUCCAGGACUCCAGGAAGCCGACAUUCACUUAGAUGAUGUCGAAGGAUUGAACCGCUUCGGAGAAAUCAUGCGUGCGAUUGGCGAUGGAGAUUUUGAACCGAUAGUUGAAGAUUUACCUCAGCUCAACGAUCGGUACAUCGAAGAAGAUGAGGAUGAUGAAGAAGACGACGAUGAUGAGGAUAUGGAUGACGAAUACGCAUAUGAAGAGGAGUACCCCAAUGAUCCGCCACCUCGAGAUAUUGUCGCUCCUAGUUUGGGAUGGGACACUGUAGUGUUAGACCAUGGAGGAUUAUUUGGCGGGCGCCGUCGACAUCCACCCAUUGAUCGUCAACCCAUGUCGCUCCCCUUCAUGAUGCCCCAGCGUGAGCAAGUCCACAGCUUCACCGAUCCACGGAUGCGUGCCGGCCAACCUCGCGAUGCACGUAUGCCUAGCAACGAAGACGGCAUUAAUCCUCUUUUACGUAGAACCCACGGAGACAGUCGUGAUGCCUCCCCACGCCCCUCAAAUUUCACUGGCAAUCUCCUUCGGCUAGGGCUACCAAAUAACAUUUUACCUGGACACGAGAAUCCGGCGUCGUUCUUUAACGAGCUUAUGGCAUCUCUACCACUUCAAUUCACUCGCAAUGGCCAUCCCCAUGCCCUUCACUUCUCAUUUAGUUCCCGAGCACAUAUGAACGAGAUACCUCUUCCCUUUACUAUACCGUCACGAGAAACAAGGUCCGAUAACCGCCGCGAUCUUUACCAAGAACCCAUUCAAGCCACCUCUUUCAGUGCUGAACACACAGUAUUCCGUUGGACUGAAGAAAUGAAAAUGAUCUUCGGCUCACAUCAUCAAGACAAGGCAGGCAAACUACUUCCUGCAGUCAUGUUCCACCUUGUCCCCCCCGCUAUUGUUGAGGAGAAGAGAUUGCAAGCAGAAAAACAACGGAUUGAGGACGCAGAACGAAAGAAACGGGAAGAGGAGGAACGAAAAGCCAAGGAAGCUAGGGAAGCCAAGGAGGCAGAAGAGAAAGCUGCUCGGGAACAGAAAGAAGCAGAAGAGCGUGAGCGUGCCGCAGAAGCUGCAGCUGCCGCCGCUGCCGAAGCCCAGGCCGCCUCUACUAAUGAGGACGUUCAAGACGGUCAAGUUGAACCAGAUGUUAUGGAAGGCGUCGAACCGUCGGGUGAAACUACAGGCGAUGAACGAGAUAAUGCAGCCGUGGCUAAUCAAGCUCGGUCAUUCACCACCAUCAGAGGCGAACAGGUUGAUAUCACAGAGCUUGGCAUUGAUCCUGAUUAUUUAGAAGCCCUUCCCGAGGAAUUUCGAGAAGAAGUGAUUGCUCAAACAGUCAGCUCGAGGCGAGCUGAGGCUAGGGAAGCCACUGGAGGAGCCGGAGAGCAGACCGAAAUCUUCCAGGAAUUCCUAGAUGCCCUUCCUGAAGAGAUUCGCGAGGAAAUUGUCAGACAAGAAGGUGCCGAACGCCGCCGACGAGACCGAGAAGAGGCCCGACGUCAAGCCACAGCAGCCGGCCAAGCACCUGAAGCACAAGACAUGGACCCCGCGAGUAUUCUUAUGAGCUUUGAUGAAGGCCUUCGAGACGAAGUUCUGUUGGAGCAGCCAGAGAUUAUGGAUUCUUUACCACCUGAUUUGGCGCUUCUUGUCCGACCCCGACAAAGCAUCCGUACAAAUCCUAUUGUUGCCGAAGAAAGACGUUCUGGAGGAGUCACUCGUGGACGGGACACCAUUCAGGCAAGCGGACCAACGGGUGAAGACAAUAAACCUCCGCGAAAAGCCGUCGUUCAGAUGUUGGAUAAAGCAGGGGUUGCUACCUUACUCCGCCUUAUGUUCAUUAACAUGAAGGGGGGUUCUAUCGAAAAUCCGCUGAAGAAUGUGAUCAAGGAUGUGUGCGAAAAUCGACAAAAUCGGUUGGAAGUUAUCAGCACCCUCCUUCAGAUUUUGCAGGAUGGCUCUACUGAUAUGGAUGCCGUUGAACGCAGUUUUACGCAUCUUUCCAUAAGAGCCAAGCAGCCCAAGGAUAAAGAAGGGAAGACACAAACUCCCCAAGGACUUAAGCGCACAUCCACGAACAUUAAUAAUCAUCAAUCACUGCAGACGACUUCAGACACAUCGCCUCUUCUCAUCGUUCAGCAAUGCCUAGACUUACUAUGCUUCCUUGCAGAUCAAAACGUUCAUGUACCCUCCCUCUUCCUAACCGAACAUGACGUGGUUGUGAGCUCUCUUAAGCGCAGCCUGAGUCGAAAGGGAAAAGGCAAAGAGAGCAAAGCCCAGAAGUACGCCAUCAAUUCGUUGACGUCUCUCCUUGAUCGGGAUCUCGUAAUGGAAAGCUCGUCCAUCAUGGACAGCCUCUCCCAGCUCUUGAGUCGUGUAACCUUUCCACUCCUAACUCUUGAUCGAAAGCAAAAGGAGGCCAAGGAAGCUAUCAAGUUAUUGGAGGCCGAAAAUGCGAAGGCACGGGAUGAGUCAGCAGCCAACCAAACGACUACUUCAGGAACGCAGCCCCCAGAUCAAGCACUCGUUACAAGUGAAAAUACCGAAGUCUCCAAUCCGUCUGAUCCAUCGAAUGACCAGCCGAAGGCGCCUACGGCACUGGAAAAGAAACAAGCCGCGCUCAAGAAGAUCAACCAGUUGCAUCCACCUAUCAUUCCUGACGCAAAUCUAACCCUCAUCAUCAAGAUAUUUGUUGCGCGAGAAUGCAGUUCAAAAACAUUCAAGGAGACGCUGUCCACAAUCAAGAAUCUUUCGGUAAUUCCGGGGGCAAUGCUUGUUUUCGGUCAAGAGCUUGCCCGUCAAGCACAGGUACUGAGUGAAAAGAUCGUAGUACAUCUCGAUGAACUGUUACCGCAUAUUCAAAGUGCCGAUACGGGCACCGAGGUUCAAGGUGUCGCUCUUGCUAAGUUCUCGCCGGGUGCUUCCGAUCAAAACAAGUUGUUGCGUGUGCUCACAGCUCUUGAUCAUCUUUUUGCGCAAAAGAAGCCUGACACGACUGGAGAAUCAAGCGUGGAAGAAAACAAGAAACAAGAUCUGCUGAGCACGUUGUAUCGUAAUCCUACAUUCAAUGCUCUGUGGGGAAAGCUCAGCGCAUGCCUGAGUGCAAUUCGCCAACGCGAGAGCCUUUUGAACGUGGCCACUAUCCUCCUGCCGCUAAUUGAAGCUCUGAUGGUGGUCUGCAAGGAUAGCGCCCAGGCUGAGGCCAAUGCGUCUAUCAGUCAAACAUCCAAAGACAUGGUGCUUUCAAGCCCACAGCCUGAGUCUCGUAUGGCCGGACUGUUCUUCACCUUUACAGAGGAUCACAGACGCAUAUUGAAUGAGCUCGUACGCAACAACCCAUCACUCAUGAAAGGCACCUUUUCACACCUGGUGAAGAAUCCGAAGGUUCUUGAAUUUGACAACAAGCGGAACUGGUUUAACCGUAGUGUUCACAAUAAGCAACAGACCAGUCGGCAGUUCCCUACUCUCCAGCUUCAAGUCCGCCGCGAGCAUGUUUUCCAUGACUCCUUCAAGUCUCUUUACUUCAAGAGCGGUGAUGAGAUGAAGUUUGGCAAACUCAAUAUCCGUUUCCAUGGAGAGGAAGGUGUUGAUGCGGGUGGCGUGACGAGGGAGUGGUUCCAGGUACUUGCCAGGCAGAUGUUUGAUGCUAACUAUGCCUUGUUUGUACCUGUUUCUAGCGACAGGACAACUUUCCACCCGAAUAAGCUGAGUGGCAUCAAUGACGAACACUUGUCGUUCUUCAAGUUUAUCGGCCGCAUAAUCGGUAAAGCACUGUACGAAGGGCGCCUGCUCGAUUGCUACUUCAGUCGUGCCGUUUACAAGCGAAUCUUGGGUAAACCGGUCUCGGUAAAAGACAUGGAAUCGUUCGAUCCAGAAUACUACAAAUCCCUGUCCUGGAUGCUGAACAACGACAUCACUGAUAUUAUCACUGAAACGUUUUCAGUAGAGGAUGAUGAGUUUGGUGUUACGAAGGUGUCAGAUCUCUGUGAGAAUGGCCGUAAUAUACCAGUGACGGAAGAGAACAAGCAUGACUAUGUCCGUCUAGUCGUCGAACACAAGCUACUAUCUUCCGUCAAGGAACAGAUGGAGAACUUCCUAAAAGGCUUCCAUGACAUCAUUCCUGCUGAAUUGAUAUCCAUAUUCAACGAACAGGAGUUGGAGUUGUUAAUUUCCGGUUUACCAGACGUCGAUAUUGACGACUGGAAGAGUAAUACCGAGUAUCACAAUUACACGCCAUCGUCGCCACAAAUUCAAUGGUUCUGGCGGGCAUUAAGAUCAUUCGACAAGGAAGAAGUCGCCAAGCUCCUGCAAUUCGUGACGGGAACCAGCAAAGUACCUCUUAACGGUUUCAAGGAGCUGGAAGGUAUGAAUGGAAUCAACAGGUUCAACAUUCACCGCGAUUAUGGCAAUAAAGAUCGCCUCCCAAGCUCCCAUACCUGCUUCAACCAACUCGACCUACCCGAGUACGAGAGCUAUGAGGCCUUGCGCCGUCAGCUACUUAAGGCUAUCACCGCCGGUAGCGAUUACUUUGGCUUUGCCUAAGAGACGGAGGAGAUAUGGUUAAUGACCCUUACUGAUGAGAAUAACAGAUCCGUCAACUGGGUUUGGGCCGUGUAUAAUGUAUGUAAAGAUUAGUGAGCAGAUGGGGCACAUCAGGCAAUGUAUUGGCGGGAUACCCAUGCGUU